AGCUGCACUCAACUCUCUUCGUUCCACUCACCGACCUCAGUUACAGUGAGAAAAUGUCGAGCUCUCAGUGCUUCGAAAACCCACCAAGCAAGACCACAACAUGUGGAGCAGGGUAUGUUGAGGAAUUCGCUGGCCUCAACACUUACAUAACUGGUCCUCCUGAUUCCAAGCGCGCCAUUCUUCUAAUUGCUGACGUUUUUGGUUAUGAAGCUCCAAAUUUGAGGAAACUUGCGGACAAGGUUUCAGCUGCUGAAUACUUGGUAGUGGUUCCUGAUUUCUUCUAUGGUGAUCCGUUUAAUCUCGAUAACCCUCAAUUUGAUCGAGAAGCAUGGAUAAAAGUUCAUAACACGGACAAAGGAUAUGAAGAUGCCAAGCCAGUAAUUGCUGCUCUGAGAAGUAAAGGUGUGACUGCUGUUGGGGUUGCAGGUUUUUGUUGGGGAGGGAAGGUAUUGGUAAAUCUAGCAAGUUCUGAGGAUAUUCAAGCUGCAGUCAUAUUGCAUCCUGGUCGGAUUACUGAUGAUGAAAUUAAGGAGGUUAAAGUUCCGACUGCUCUAUUGGGUGCUGAGAUCGAUAAUUCUACACCACCAGAACAAAUGAAACAUUUUGGAGAAAUAUUGUCAACAAAGUCUGAGUUCGAUAGCUUUGUGAAAAUUUUCCCUGGCGUUUCACAUGGGUGGACUGUCAGAUACAAUGUUGAGGAUGAAUCAGCUGUAAAGAGUGCAGAAGAAGCCCAUGAGGAUAUGAUGAAUUGGUUUGCCAAGCAUGUCAAGUGAGAAAGGGGAUGCAGAUAAAAACAAUAAUAAGCGGAGGAGGCCUAAACCUUUGAAUUUUUAUAUAUAAGUCCUAUGAGCGCGUUUGUGGUAGUGCUAGCUAGUGCCCACUGUGUAUUUAGAGGUCUUUAAUUGCAGUCGUAACAUUGAAAUAAAAUGAAAAAAUGGAAUUGAAAUAAAAUGAAAAAAUGGAAUUGAAAAAUGUUAUCUCUUCGUAUGUAAGUCUAUCCAUCAACAAGUAGAACUGUUGUUUAUUUUGAACUCAUGAUACUAACAUGAUUAAUCAUGAUGUU